GAAAGCCGGGCGAGCCGCGAGAGCGGGAAGCGCUGGGCGCGGAGCGGGCAAGGCGUGCGGGGCCCGCGGCGGGCAGGCGGAGGGCAGGCGCGGCGGCAGAGGCCCUGUGCGGGCGCGGCCAUGGCGGGCCCGGCGCGGGUGCCGGUGGUGGACGUGCAGAGCGACAACCUGGCGGAGCUGUGGCCGUCCAUGGUGCUGGCGCUGCGCUCCGCCACCUUCGUGGCCGUAGACACGGAGCUGAGCGGCCUCGGCGCUAGGAAGUUGCUGCUGAGCCCGUGCAUCGAGGAGCGGUACAAGGCUGUCUGCAGCGCCGCCAGGACACGCUCUGUCCUGUCCCUCGGCGUCGCCUGUUUCAAGCAGCUCCCGAAGAAGUCCGAGAACACGUACCUGUGCCAGGUCUACAACCUCACGCUGCUCUGCACCGAGGAUUAUGUGGUCGAGCCCCAGUCAGUGCAGUUCCUAGUGCAGCACGGCUUCGACUUCAACAAGCAGUAUUCCCAGGGGAUCCCUUACCACAAGGGCAACGACAAGGGCAACGAGAGCCAGAGCCUGAGCGUUCGGACGCUUUUCCUGGAGCUCAUCCGGGCGAAGAAGCCGCUUGUUCUCCAUAAUGGCCUGAUUGACCUGGUCUUCCUGUACCAGUGCUUCUACGCUCACCUCCCUGAGAGCCUCGGCACCUUCACCGCCGACCUGUCCGAGAUGUUCCCAGCGGGAAUAUACGACACCAAAUACGCCUCGGAGUUUGAGACUCGCUUUGUGGCGUCCUACUUGGAGUAUGCCUAUAAGAAGUGCAAGCGAGAGAACUGCAAGCUGAGGGACUCCAGCGGGCAGCACCUCACGGUGGAGUUCUGCAAUUACCCUGCCCACAUGUCCCGCUACAUCGACUACCGCUACUGCUCUCUGGAAGAGGAAAGCCCCAGUGCUGCAGGGGGGAACAAGGUGCCUGUCUGUGAGAGAUUUUCGGCCUAUGGGUGGUGCCCACAAGGGGUGAAGUGUCCACAGUCUCAUAACAUUGACCUCAUCAUCGAUGAGGACGACAAGCUCUGGGAGAAGCGAAAGAAACGGAAGCACAGAUGGAAGCAUCGGAAGAACAUGAAAGUGCUUGCAACAGCAUUCCCACAGGAAACCUCAGGGGAAAACAUGGAGCAAGCUCAGAAUGGGGAAGAAGGACCACCACGGAAGCAGAGCUGCUAUGAGCCUGCAGCAGAGAUCACACCCAACGGGGAGGGCAAGCCACUGGAGGAGAUCUCCAUGGACAUGGAAACAGAGGUCAGCUCAGACACCAGCACACAAUGGGAGGAGAAUCAGGGGAGCUCUGAAAGAACUGACCAGGGAGCAGCUACUCAGAGCCCUUCUGCCAAGGGAAAUGCCUCUGACAGUGACCAAAUGGAGAGCAAGUCAAAAGUUCCUGCUGAGUUGGGCUCAGCCAGUCACCCAGCCACCCCUGAGACUGAAGCGGCAGGUGCUGCAGGAAAGGAAAAGGAAACCCACGGCCCUCCUUCACAGGGGGGCACACACCGAGCUGGCUUUGAUGCAUUCAUGACCGGCUAUAUCAUGGCUUAUGUCUGGAUGCUCAAGCAAGGGAAAAACACAGACUCUGGUGCAGGGCCCUGGUUGCCAGAGUGCCAUAAUAAACUGUAUCUUAGUGGGAAAUCAGUGCCACUUCAAAUAGUGAAGAGCUUGUUUUCUAAAUCCUCCAAAGCUCACAGCGAGAAGAUAAAGUUGGCCUGGGACAGUGCAUAGAGCUAAAGAACUCCUCACUAAACUAUGCUUUUUUUUUCUCCUCCAAGUUUUGGAGUUCUUUCUUCCACCAAGAACUCACCGAAAAGGGAACAGGUUUCGUACUCUUGUUUCUGUUUUAACAUCUGACUGAUUAAAUUGCUCUCCAUUGGA